AUGGUUUUAGGAUCUUUGAAUGAUCCGUUCAUCACUCAAAGGAUGCCUGCCGGUCUACCAUUAUCAGAUGGCUUUGCAAUCCCAUUUAAACCCAGAACGCAAUUCAACAGUUACUUGUUGCCUGAAAGGGAUCGAAGACUAUUAAUCUCCAAACAAGGCAUUGUUGAUCCUUCCACCCGCCUCUCUUCUUGGUCUAAUCUGCCAGAUUGCUGUCAAUGGCAUGGGGUUGAGUGUGAUCUAUUCAUCUUCAAAUUGAUAAUCUUUCAUUAUUGGCUCUCUCGACUUCCUUCCCUGACAACUCCCAAUUCUGGUGACAUUCGUCUUCCUAGUGAAAUCGUUUGGGUCCAAUCAUUGGCUUUGCCACCUUUGGAGACAUUAGAUUUGCAUGAUUGUAAUUUGACCAGCUCUAUUCUGUCUCGCCGAUAUGCCAAUUUUAGCUCACUUUCAUAUCUUGAUCUUGGUCUAAAGGAUUUUACAAAUGGAUUAGCUAAUUGGUUGUUCAAUGUUAGCAAAGAUCAUCUCUCUGAUCUUUUUCUCAGACAAUGCAAUUUGAGAGGUCGAAUGCCAGAUUUUUCAGGCUAUCGGAAUCUAAUGUACCUAGAUCUAUCUACCAGUAGACUCAGAGGAUCAAUACCUGAUUGGCUUGGCCAGCUUGAUAUAUUAGCUUACCUUGAUGUAUCUAAUAACUUGUUGCACGACACCAUUCCAUCUGAUCUCCUUAAUGCAUCAACUUUAGGAUAUUUAGAUAUUAGUUUCAAUGACUUGAGUGGUGCACUCCCAAAGGUCCUUGGCGACAAUAAGUCUCCCAGCUCAAUUAAUGGGGACAUAGCGAACUUAUUUCCAAUAGGUUUAAAUAUAUUUACAUCAUCGAAUAAAUUUAAAGAACGGCUUCCUCAAAUAUCAGAUGCGGUCCUGGCUUUGUGA